AUGAGUAGUGAAAUUUGGAGAUUAUUUGAUCAAGUUUAACCAGUUUUACUCUUCUUGAUGAUGUGUAUUGUGGUGUGGAUUUGGGUAUGGUGCACAUAAUUAAACGAUUCAAUUAAGAGGAUUGAAAAACUUAAAAAUGAAAGUCUCCUUCAAAAUGGAAAACUUACAAAUCACAAUUCUUCAGAGAAGAAUAAUAAUCGUAAAAACCAAAAAAAAAAAAAUGAUCACAAAACCCCAUAGAAUCCAUAAAGCAACUUAAAUCAUGAAAAUUAGGAUAAACAAGAUUCAUAAGAAUCAAUAGAAAAAGAUUAAGUUGAAAAUUCAAAAAAAUAGAAGUAAAUUGAGAGUUUAAAAUAAAAAGAGAGCCUAAUAGAAUAAUAGUCUUAUGAAAUUAAUAAUUUAAAAAUAGAGUAUCAAAGUAUCAAAAAAGAGAAUGAAAGAAUCUAAGAAGAGAAUAAAGGAAUAAAAGAAGAGAAUAUAACAAUGAAAGAAGCUAUAUAAAAACUUGAAUAAUUAUAAAAUUAAAUUUAAUCUGAAAUGAAAGAAUAAAAAAAAAAAUUGAAUGAAAUGCCAUUGUUAUUCGAAAAAGAAACAAAUAAAAAAAAUGAUAAUUUCUAAGAGGAAAUGAAAUAACUAAAAAAUUAAUUGUAAGGAGAAAUAAGAUAACUGUAAGGAGAAAUAAAAUAAUUAAUUGAUUAAGUCUAAAAUCAAUAAGCAAUAAUAAAUGAUUAAUCCUAGGAAGUAAGACACGAUAUUACUAAAGUUAAUUAGAAUCUUGAAAUUCUAAAUAAAAGACUAGAGAGAGUUGAAGAAUAAAUUUUAGACCAAAAAAAUCAAAUAUAAAAAAUAGGAAAUCCAUAAGAAAAAAUAGAACAAUUAACUAAUGAAAUUUAAAAAAUGAAGGAGGAUUUGAAGAAAUUAAUUCCUCCAUCUCCUUCUCCUCCUCUUCCCCCUUCUCCUCCUCCACUUCCAUAAGAUGAUACCAUAAUAUCUAAACUAUAUAAUUUAACUUGCAGAGCUAGAUCUGUGUAGCCUUAGUAUAGAAAUUUUGUUAGCGACUUUUAAAACUAAUCUUGUUUGAUAUAAGAGUAUAGUUUUAAAAUGGAAUUUAAAAAUAAAUUAAAGUAAUAACUAAAUGGAAUGAGGAGAGCGAGGGGAGAUGGUAACUGCUUUUAUACAUCGUUUGUGUUUUAGUAUUUAGAUUUUAUGAUCAAUAAUUCAAAAAAUGCUUAAUAUGAAUAAUUAAUUUAGUAGAUAUCAAUGCUACCAUUUGAAAUUUAUUAUGGAAAUGAAAUGUAUAAUUAAAAUGAUUUUGAUAAUAUGAAAUACAAAUUUAUUGGAGUAUGUUAACAUCUAAGAUCAUAAAUUGAAGAAGAGAGAUAAAAUUAAUUUUUUUAAUAUUUCAAAGAUGAAGAAAAUGAAUUUUAUGGUUUAUCAAUUGUAUUCUUAAGAAAUUUGGCUUUCAAAUUUUGUUCGGAGGAUUCAGAAAUUAGUGUAAAUUUUUAAGCGUUAGGUUUGAAUUUAAAGGAAUAAUUAUUAGAAUGGGAAUUCGAUUGCUAAAGUAAUGAAAAUGUUAUAACGAUAUUGAGUCAAAAAUUAAACAUUCAUACGAUCGUUUUUCAGAUUGAAAACUAAUCCUUUUAAAUUUUAGAAUAUAAUUUUUCUUCUAACCCAAUAACUAAAAUCUAUCUAUUGUUUCAACCUGGACAUUACAAUAUUGGAAUUCCAAAAGUCGAGCAGCAAUUGGAAUGAUUUUAUGGUUCAUAUUAUAAUUAUAC